UGGCGGUCGUCCCCGCGCGCGGCGUGGAUCGCUGCCCGAGCCGCCAUUGUUCCUCCCGGGGAGGACAGCGGGGCCUGGCGCUGGCGCGGAGACGCCGCUUAGCGGCCGCCGCUGGAGACACUCCCUCCCGCCUGCCCCCUCCUCCUGGCGGCGGCGGAGUGAGGCUGACUAGGGGGAACCUGGGAGCCCCCUCUCGCCUCCCCGUGGCGACAGCGGCCGAUCCCCGGCUCGGGCGCGAGGGGCGGCCGCGAUGCGCUCGGCCUGAGGCUGCCCGGCCCGGCCCGGCCCCUCCUUGCUUCCCUUGACUAGUCCACAGCGUCUCCGCGCCCCAGCGUCAUCCUUGAGUCCCCCUGACGGGAGGGAAGAUGGCUGCGCGGAGCUGGCAGGACGAGCUGGCCCAGCAGGCCGAGGAGGGCUCGGCCCGGCUGCGGGAAAUGCUCUCGGUUGGCCUAGGCUUUCUGCGCACCGAGCUGGGCCUCGACCUCGGGCUGGAGCCGAAGCGGUACCCGGGCUGGGUGAUCCUGGUAGGCACGGGCGCGCUUGGGCUGCUGCUGCUGGUACUGCUGGGCUACGGCUGGGCCGCGGCUUGCGCCGGCGCCCGCAAGAAGCGGAGGAGCACGCCCCGCAAGCGGGAGGAGGCGACAGCCGCGCCGGCCGCGGCCCCUGACGACCUGGCCCUGCUGAAGAACCUCAGAAGCGAGGAGCAGAAGAAGAAGAACCGGAAGAAACUGACGGAGAAACCCAGACCAAAUGGACGGACUGUUGAAGUGGCUGAGGGUGAAGUCCGAACUCCUCAAAGUGUAACAGCAAAGCAGCUACCAGAGAUAGAUAAGAAAAAUGAAAAGUCAAAGAAAAAUAAGAAGAAAUCAAAGUCAGAUGCUAAAGCAGUGCAGAACAGUUCACGCCAUGAUGGAAAGGAAGUUGAUGAAGGAGCCUGGGAAACUAAAAUUAGUCACAGAGAGAAACGACAGCAGCGUAAACGUGAUAAGGUGAUGACUGAUUCUGGUUCAUUGGAUUCAACUAUCCCUGGGAUAGAAAAUACCAUCACAAUUACCACCGAGCAACUUACAACUGCAUCAUUUCCUGUUGGUUCCAAGAAGAAUAAAGGUGAUUCUCAUCUAAAUGUUCAAGUUAGCAACCUUAAGUCUGGAAAAGGAGAUUCUACACUUCAGGUUCUUUCAGGAUUGAAUGAAAACCUCACUGUCAAUGGAGGAGGCUGGAAUGAAAAGUCUAUAACCUCCUCACAGAUCAGUGGCAGGUGAGAGAAAUGGAACUCUGUUUCACCUGCUUCUGCAGGCAAGAGGAAAACUGAGCCAUCUGCUUGGAGUCAAGACACUGGGAGUGCUAUCAAUGGAAAAGACUGGGGAAGGAAUUGGAGUGACCGUUCAAUAUUUUCUGACAUUGGGUCUACUGCUGAGCCAGUUUCUCAGUCUACCACUUCUGAUUAUCAGUGGGAUGUUAGCCGUAAUCAACCCUAUAUCGAUGAUGAAUGGUCUGGGUUAAAUGGUCUGUCUUCUGCUGAUCCCAGCUCAGAUUGGAAUGCACCAGCAGAAGAGUGGGGGAAUUGGGUAGAUGAAGAAAGAGCUUUUCUAAAGUCCCAGGAACCAAUUCAUGAUGAUCAAAGGUGAGUUUCAGAUGAUGAUAAAGAAAAGGGAGAAGGAGCACUUCCAACAGGGAAGUCUAAAAAGAAAAAAAAGAAAAAGAAGAAGCAAGGUGAAGAUAACUCUCUUACACAGGACACAGAAGAAUUAGAAAAAGAAACUAAAGAAGAGCUUCCAGUAAAUACCUCUAAAGCCCGUCCAAAACAGGAAAAAGCUUUUUCCUCGAAGACCAUAAGCACAGAGCCUAUCAAGACUCUUCCACCUGCUGUUUCUACCGAGCCAUCUGUUAUUUUAUCAAAAAGUGAUUCUGACAAGAGCUCUUCCCAAGUGCCACCGAUGCUACAAGAGACAGAAAAAUCCAAGUCAAAUACCAAGCAAAAUAGUGUGCCUCCUUCACAGACCAAGUCUGAAACUAGCUGGGAAUCUCCCAAACAAAUAAAAAAGAAGAAAAAAGCCAGAAGAGAAACGUGAAUUUUUUUUCCAAAAUUGGACAGACACGUGUUUGCAAACACUGUCUUGAAGAUAUGCUGUUUAUGCAAUAAUUUGUGAACAUGUACAGAGUUUUAUAUAAAUUUAAACCAAUUUUUAAAACAAAACUGUGAACACAACCACCAUAAAAAUGGAAUCAAAGGAAAGUUAAUUUAUGAAAUUAAGAGGUCAGCAGAAUAUACUACAGUGCUGGAAGACACUUGGGAAAGUCUCUUUAAUUGAACAAGAGUGAUCUUAAUUUAAGAAUACUAUCCUGGUUUUACAACAGUGCCCUGUUUACAACAGAUUGUGCCCUAACUCAUCUGCAGUCAAGGAAUAAAGGAUUCUGAUUAGAAAGAGGGUUGCCUGCAAAUUAGUAGGCAACUCCUUGGAUCUUAUGCACAGAACUUGUACCAUUUGCAUCUGUUUUAUGCUUAAAUCAAAGUGCUUUGAUCAAAUGCAUAAUCUGCCAUAUCUUUACAUAUUUGUUGGUUGCAAUUUGUAUUAAAGGAAUCACAAGUGCAAAUAAAAAGUCAUUUAUCAUUUAUUUAACUAAACUGUCAUAGUUUAGUUUAUAAUUUUUAAAAAGUUCUUAAUUAAAAUAUUGAAAAUGCAGUUGACACUUGUAUGGCUUAUGAAGUUAUUUUUGAUAGUCUUACAUUACUUGAAUUGUUCAAAGUACAGUAUAUUUUAAAUUAAGAAAAGUAAACUAUAUGUAUUUGUUUUAUACAUUGAAGGGUCAGACUCACAAAUAAUGCUCUUGUUUAUGAUUUGAAAACUUUCAGGCAAAAUCCAACUUACAUUUUUCCUUUCCCUAACAAUUACUUUUUUCCAGCAUCAGCUCUCCUUAGUUACUGAUACUUUUUGACUUUAAAAAUGAAAUCAUUCACAAACUUUUAGUAUAUGAUGGAGAAUGAAAAACUAGAGUCAGACAGCUUUAAUUGACAUUGUCAAGACCUCCAGUUAUCAGGAAUACAUUUUUUUACUGCCUUAACCUGUAGUGCGUAGAAUAUGCAUCAAUUUCUUGAAGGGGAUUCGUGUUUUUAUAAGAAUUUUCAUGUAAUUAUUGCAAUUGUGGUCAAAUAAGGAACGUUUCCUGCUUGAAACUAUAUUGAUUUAAAUGAUGUGUGAGAUGUUUCACCAUUUUCAGGCACUGUGUAAUUCUAUUGUAAUAAACUGGCAGGUAUCUUUGUAACUAUAAAUAGUGCAUGCUCAGCCAUGUACACUGUAAAUAGCCUUUACCAAACGUGUUUGACAAGGACCAUAAUUAACAACACUUAGUGAAUUGUGAUUUUAAAAAAGCCAUGAUUUAUUUGAUGUGAUUGGCUUAAUUGUUUUUACGUGGCGCCAAGAAUGAAACUGUUUAACAGCUGUAACCAAUGGUACUGAUCUAUCCAUCCAAUGUUGUCUAUAUUAUAUUUGAUUGUGGUUUGAUAGUAUCACAUCAGACUGGGAAAGCUAAAGAAACAAAAUGAUUUAAGUUUUGCUGAAGACUGGCCUUAUUAAUGGACAGCUUUCCUAACAAGCUAUUAUUAACUUUUAUCAGGUGUCAACAUCUGUUUCAGGAACAUGGCAGUAUGUUUACAUGUCAGAAGUUUUGUUUAAUUCUAUGGUAUUUCUAAAUUGAUUUGUUUAAAUAAAUUCAGCAAAUGGAUAGCAUUGUUUUUAUUUGCUUCAAUAUGGGGGUAAAUAAUAGCUAAUGAGCCAGGAAUGGAUUUCUUCAAGUGUCUUUACUGUUAGUUUUACAUAAAUGUUUCAUAAAUAUAUUGGAAGAUUCCUAAGGUGUCAGCACUUUGUAAAGUUAUCACAAAGGAGAAUUUGAUGGGGAGUCUGUAAUUUUAGAAUGUGCCAAAUCGUCUAUGCUCAACAAUUUAAUUGAACUCUCUCAACUCUACCUCACCAUUUCUUUAUCUUAGAAUUCUGUUGGCUGUGUCAAACAUAAUGAGACUUUUUUCUCCAGUUUGGUAUCUUCCCAUUCAACCACCUAUGCCAGGUGUUAAAGACACCAUCUUUUGAGGAGACACAUAUUGUGGAGAUGGAGAGACACGUGGCUAAAUUGCGGUGGAUCCAGUAUAGAGAUACCUCUCUAUCCCUUCUCUCUGGCUCAAAAGUUAGGACGUGGGUUUUGUUUUAAGAUAUGGCAGCUACAUGAAUGGUAGAAGUAAUUACAUUCUCUUUCACAUUCAUGAAGUGCAAACUCUUUUUGCACAAUUAUUGUUUAUCACUCUUUACCUGAAAUCAAAGCAGUUUCUGGCAUCUGAACAGGAACUGAUUUCCAUGUCAACUCAGGAGGCACUAAAAUCUAAGUAGUGAUUCAGGGAGGAAAGGGAGGGAAAAGACCUAUUGUUCUAUGGUGGCAUAGAUUAGAUGUUCCCAGAACUGCUAGUAGGGAAAUAACUGACUCCUUCAGGCUUUGUCAGGCCUAGAACCCAGAAGUCUCCCUGAUCCUGCCUGCCUCCACAUACUUACUGAAAAUCCUUCCCUAUUCUGGAGCAGGGAGUAGUGGUUUAGGGUUUCUCCAGACUGGAAUCCUACCUGUCUACACCUGGAAUUGAGCAAAACAAAAGUUGAGAGAGUCCAAAAAAAAUAUUAAAAUAAAAUGAGAUUAAUGUAACUUA